GCUGAAAACUUUUUCCUUGUGGUCUUUUUCCUGGACGCUGGCUGUUCUCUCUAUCUUCGUCUUUCUACGCGGGCUCGUCAUCUCUAAUCCUCAUCCUCCCAUCAUGACGUUAAAGAAAGAUACUUCGACGGUGGUGUCAAUCGACGCGAAGCCGUACGCGUUCUCCUUCCCGCUGAAACAUACAGCUCUCCUGGUAAUUGAUAUGCAACGGGACUUCCUCCUAGCAAAAGGCUUUGGAGAAAUUCAAGGGGGGAACCUAGCAGAUGUGCAGGCUUCUAUUGGCCCCACGAAAAAGCUCCUCGAAGCUUCUAGGAGGGCUGGACUGACUAUUGUCCAUACUCGUGAAGGGCAUGUCCCUGAUCUAUCAGAUUGCCCCUCUUCUAAACUUGUCAGACAAGCCGCUGCGCCCGACAACACCCAGCACAAGCUCACAAUCGGCGAACGCGGCGAGCUAGGCAGACUACUCGUUCGGGGAGAGUAUGGACACGACAUAAUCGACGAAUUGAGACCCUUGCCGGGCGAGGUCGUCAUCGACAAGCCUGGGAAGGGAACAUUUUGGAACACUACCAUCCUUCACAAGCUUAAAGCUCGAGCCAUUACUCAUCUGAUCGUGUCUGGAGUGACCACAGAAUGCUGUUUCGCUACUUCCAUACGUGAGGCUAAUGAUCGGGGCUUUGAGUGCUGCGGUAUUGAAGAAGCAACUAGCGGCUACAAUGAUAACAGCUUUAAGUGUGCAACUCUUGACAUGAUCCACUGGUCCCAGGGCCUGUUCGGCUUCAUCGCGAGCUUGCAGCCCCUAUUAGACGCCCUAGAACCUCUCGGUAACGCUAGAGGCUCAUCUGCGUCUACCCCUCCACAGACGCCGCCGGACUUCGACGGUGAUCUUUCAAUUACGGGCCUGCAGAAAGCGUAUAAGAAGGGCCUAUCACCAGUCACUCUGGCAGAAACGUUGUACAGCAAGAUUGAAGCGUACAAGAAAGUCGAUCCAGCCGUAUGGAUACAUCUCGAGUCCAAGGAAAACGUCCUAGAGGCAGCAAAAGCUCUCGCAGCAAAGUACUCCAAUCGAUCAGCACUGCCUCCAUUGUUCGGUGUCCCCUUUAGCGUAAAAGACAGUAUCGACGUGGCAGGACUGCCAACCACCACAGCGUGUCCACCUCUGGCCCAUAUACCCUCUGCCUCCGCCGUCGUGUACGAUAAAGUGAUAGCAGAGGGUGCUCUCUUCAUUGGAAAAACUAAUUUGGAUCAGCUGGCCACCGGCCUCACCGGCUGCCGCAGUCCCUACGGUAUCACACAUUCUGUAUUCAACAAAGACUACAUUAGUGGUGGCUCUAGUAGCGGCAAUGCUGUCAGCGUAGGCGCUAAUUUGGUCUCAUUCUCUCUCGCAACUGACACCGCUGGAUCCGGUCGCGUCCCUGCAGGUUUUAAUGGCGUCGUCGGAUACAAGCCAACCCGCGGACUAAUAUCUUUUCGCGGUGUGACACCCGCCUGUCUCUCCCUCGACUGCAUAGCCAUCACUGCCAAGAACGUCAGCGACGCUCGCACCGUGUGGCAACUGACUGAAGGCUACGACGAAGAAGAUAGCUAUGCAAAGCCCGAAAUCGCCUACGAGCGACACGUCAACUCCAUCGGCCCACAAGCGAGGUCGUUCAAGUUCAGCAUACCGCCAGCUGAAGCUCUAGACAUCUGCUCCCACGUCCACCGCCGCCUUUUCAACGAGACCGUCAAGCGGCUCCAGUCGCUCGGGGGCACCCUCACCCCUAUCAACUGGACGCCCUUCCAGAAAGGUGGAGAGCUUCUCUACGACGGCACCUUCGUCAGCGAGCGCCUCGCCUCCCUUCCAGAUGGUUGGUUCGCAAAGAACCGCAUGCACUUGCACCCCGUCAUCGUCGAGUUGAUGGACAGGGUCGUCGCCCGCAACAGCUCCGCCAUCGACGCCUACCGAGACCUACAAGCCAAGGCGCUGUAUACGCGGCAAGCAGAUAAGGUGUUUUCGCAGAGCGCUGUGGGCACCGACGUGCUCGUUGUGCCGACUGCGCCGAAUCACUGGCGUAUCGACGAGGUGCUCGAGGAUCCCAUCAAGAAAAAUAGCAUCUUGGGGGAGUUUACGCAUUGCGGGAACGUGCUUGAUCUUUGCGGCGUCGCUGUGCCUGCGGGCACGUAUCCGUUGGCUGAGCUGGCGGGGACGAAGGAGGAGGGUGUGCUGCCUUUCAGUGUGACAUUUUUGGGUGGUUCUCGUAUGGAUGCUUCAGUGCUAGAGAUUGCGAGGCGGUUUGAGGAAAGCUUUGCUCCAUUGUCUUGA